GGGCUUUGCCGAUAGACGUGCAUUUCCGCCCGGCUUAUGUUUCCUGCACUCCGCAUUUAAAUGAAGCUGCACAACGUCAGCCUCAACAUUCACUAUCAUUGCUGAGUGGGAGAAAGCAUCUUCGUAGAAGGAGAUUUUAUUUUCGAAAUUAUCCCAUGCGCGUUUAUUGAAGGGUUUUCCGGCAUAGAUUGCGUCAAGGACUGAACAAUACCAUUACAAAGAGUACCUUGCACGGUGCAUCAUCUCUGGGAUACAUCUGCUGUCCAAUGGACGAAAUUUGGACUGAAUAGCGGGCUACCAUCCCAACUGCCCUUUAACCCCUGAUUACAUCACACAGCACCUGAUCCACGACCGGUCCAGAUCAGCCACCAUCAAUAAUCCAUCAAGCGGCGGUAAACAGAAAGCGAGGAGGAGCGAGGCACCAUGUUCAGCUGGCUGGGCACAGACGACCGGAGGAAGAAGGACCCCGAGGUGUUUGCGACGGUCAGCGAGGGCCUCAAGAAACUCUACAAGACCAAGCUGCUGCCCCUGGAAGAGUGCUACAAGUUCCACGAGUUCCACUCCCCUGCCCUUGAGGAUGCCGACUUUGACAACAAGCCCAUGGUGCUGCUGGUGGGACAGUACUCCACUGGCAAGACCAGCUUCAUACGCUACCUGCUGGAGCAAGACUUCCCCGGCAUGCGGAUCGGCCCGGAGCCCACCACGGACUCCUUCAUCGCCGUGAUGCACGGCGACACGGAGGGCGUCGUCCCCGGCAACGCCCUUGUGGUGGACCCCAAGAAGCCCUUCAGGAAGCUCAACGCCUUCGGGAACGCCUUCCUCAACAGGUUUGUGUGUGCCCAGCUGCCUAAUCCAGUGCUGGAGAGCAUCAGUGUGAUCGACACUCCGGGGAUUCUGUCAGGCGAGAAGCAGAGAAUCAGUCGAGAUUUGACAGAGGAUCUUUCUGGCUAUAGCAGGCUACGUAGAUGUCGUUACGGAGGCUAUGACUUUGCUGCGGUGCUGGAGUGGUUUGCUGAGCGCGUGGACAGGAUCAUACUGCUGUUCGACGCCCAUAAGCUGGACAUCUCCGACGAGUUCUCGGACGUGAUCAAGGCCCUGAAGAACCACGAGGACAAGAUCAGGGUGGUGUUGAACAAGGCGGACCAGAUAGAGACCCAGCAGCUGAUGAGGGUGUAUGGAGCCCUGAUGUGGUCCCUGGGGAAAAUCGUCAACACGCCGGAGGUGAUCCGGGUCUACAUCGGCUCCUUCUGGUCCCAUCCACUGCUGAUCCCAGACAACAGGAAGCUGUUUGAGGCGGAGGAGCAGGACCUGUUCAAGGACAUCCAGUCCCUUCCCAGGAACGCCGCGCUUAGGAAGCUCAAUGACCUCAUCAAGAGAGCGCGGCUCGCCAAGGUUCACGCGUACAUCAUCAGCUCGCUGAAGAAAGAGAUGCCCACUGUGUUCGGGAAGGACAACAAGAAGAAAGAGCUGAUAGCAAGUCUGGGAGACAUUUACGUCCGCAUAGAGAGAGAGCACCAGAUCUCCCCCGGAGACUUCCCCAACCUCAAGAGGAUGCAGGACCAGCUGCAGUCCCAGGACCUGACCAAGUUCCCGCCGCUGAAGGGCAAGCUGCUGGAGGCGGUGGACGACAUGCUGACCAACGACAUCGCCGGCCUCAUGGUGCUGGUGCGGCAGGAGGAGAACCUGAGGCCCAACGCCGCCGUGAAGGGCGGGGCCUUCACCAACACCCUGAACGGGCCCUUCGGGUACGGCUACGGCGAGGGCGCUGGAGAGGGCAUCGACGAGGCCGAGUGGGUGGUGGCGCGCGACAAGCCCGCCUACGACGAGAUCUUCUACACCCUGUCGCCGGUCAACGGCAAGGUGACGGGCGCCAACGUGAAGCGGGAGAUGGUGAAGUCCAAGCUGCCCAACACGGUGCUGGGAAAGAUCUGGAAGCUGGCCGACAUCGACAAGGACGGCAUGCUGGACGAUGAGGAGUUUGCGCUGGCGAACCAUCUGAUCAAGGUGAAGCUGGAGGGACACGAGCUGCCUGCCGAGCUGCCCGCCCACCUCAUCCCCCCCUCCAAGAGGAAACUAGUGGAGUAGGGGAUGAGGAACACUCCCCCCCCCCCCCCCCCGAUCUCCACACACACAUACAUGCAGACACACAGACAUGCACACACACAAAGACACGCAGACAAACACAUACACAGAGACACAAGCAUACAUAUACACAUUCAAAUAUAUAUAUAGAAAUAUGUAUGUAUAUAUAUAACCCCUUUAAUGAGAAAUGUAAUGCAUUGGAAGAAUCUGAAAAAACACCUGGAUUUCAUAUCAACGCUGACAAAGCCCCUGAAUGAAGCACAUGCUCCCAUGAAGAAGAUGCCAGAGCUUUCCUUUAGCGGGACCUUUCCACUAAAAGACGCUCCGCCGUACAAACCGAGCAAACAUCUCUUCACCUCUCUGGCUUCGUAGCACCGUGAAUCUGUUUCUUUCCUUUCCAAGGGACAAUGGUUAAUGUAGUUUUACAUGUCUGCAAGCACGUUGCAGAACAACGUGCACAAAACUCAACCUUUACUAUAUCUCCAAAUGCUACUAAUAUUUUGAAUUGCAUUUUGAAAAAAGCGGUUAACUUUCUCCAAUAACUCUUGAGGGAAGAACUGUACUCAUGAUACUAAUUACACGGUUAAGGGAAGGGGGAGAUCAGGCAUGGCUUGGCUUGAACAACAAACAAACAGCAACACUGAAGAUAAAAUAAAACACUGGAGUACAUCAACAUUAAACCGACAAAAGGAGAGGAGAGGGGAGCCACAAUAGGAACACCAUAAGAGGAAGAGAAGAUAACAUUCUGUGUGUAACAGUGAGGGGCACUAUGGCUAUGUUGAACAGCUGAUAGAGCCUUUUCACCAUCCUACAAUGACGGAGACCAUGUUGUGAGCGAGGACACUAAUUAUAGGCUAUUUUCAUGAACCACGUUUGUCUACUAACGGGUAGUAGACAAAUGCUAGUGAAGAUAACACACUCCAUCGAAAGAAGCAGAACGAUAAUAAAUGUGAGUGAUACCUGUGUCUAUCCUUCAACAGCAUCUCUGUGAAAAGGGUCUAUUUCAUUAGAAAACCUGAAUGACUUGAUAUGAACAAGGAAACUCAAUAUUUGGCCACAAUGUUCACAAGGAAGCGGUCGUGCACUGCUGCCCUUUGGGUCAAGUUCAGGGACUCAUGUAGAGCUGUGAGCAGUUCUAGUAUUGCGUCAUCGUGCCACAUACAGGUCUCCAACAACAGUGUCAAAAGUGAAUCUGGGCGAGAUAAAAAACAUGCAUACAAUGAUUUGAGGUGGUUUUGAUUAGGAAGCCUUUCUUUGAAGAGAACAGAAAAGCUGGGUAUAAAAAACGACACGCUUAUGUUUAGGAUGAUUAACAAAAUCAAUUAUUUAGGAAAAGUUUUACACGAGAAUUUGUUUCUAUUUUAUUUUACAAGACUGUCUAUAUCCACAGUUAUUAUAAUAUCAUGAAUCGUGGUUAACUGACACUUAUAUGGAUAUAGCGAGAGCAGAAAUGUUAUGAGAGCUGAGACACAAAUGUCGAUAUUGGUAUUUGAUAUUAUUAUGAUACCAGUGUAUGGGCUGUGGGUAUUGGUAAAAAAGAGAAUUCAAAGAAAGUGAUUCUGAUUUAUUAUUCAGUAGCAUAUGGGUGUAGCUAGUUCUGACCUUCGAUCUCAAACACACACUCUGCAAAGUUAAAUAUGCUGAGCAGAAUUUCUCUUGGUUCUGCUCUGUAUCGCAUAUGGCCUAUACAUUGGGUUGAGAUAUCUGAUGUACCCCUUGAGGGAUUGUGUAGUGCUCCCUCUUGUCAAGUGUUGGUAUGCUGUGUCUGACAUCUGUACGCCAUGCUUUAAAUCCUUCAGCAGGGAGCACCAGAAAAGAGUGGAACCAUACCGCCAACUGAAAGUGUUGGCAAUAAAUGGUUAUAUCGAUGACAUGGAGUGAUUCCUGACAGAACUGAAUAAAUUAGCAGGAUGUGUUUAAAGAAAACGGUUGUAAUGGAUUGAGUGGUUGUAUCGUAUCGUUGCAGUACUGACUGAUAUUCACAAUGUUUUUGGACUCAGAAAUUGUGGAGAAUUGAUUGUCCUUAUAUGGUGUCUUUGGAAAAAAGUAAGCCUACUAAAAACCUGUGACAAGUCGGACUAAAAACAGGCGCAUUAACAAAAGAACAAAGGUGGUUAAUCUUCGCAAAAACACUGGAGUUGGACUGAGUAUCAGUGUUGUAUGUUGAUACUGUGACGAUGAGUGGUGAGCAUCUUGUGGAUCUUGUGGGAAUCAUGCAGUGCAAACAUCUACAGCCCUGUGUUGGCUAAACCUACAGCAGAAUAACUGUGUAAACUAGUCGACCACAUGCAUUAGUGUCAUUAGGUGUUACAUGUAUGUUGUUUGCUAACAAGCCUAAGUGUUGCAUGUACUGAUUUCCAAGUGUUGUAACAUGCUACACCAUCAGCAAUCAUGAAAGGAACUGUGGGACCCGGGCUUCAUUGCUUAUCUGGCCAAACAAGAAACAAGAACAAUGCACAAAUAUAUAGUUUGUAUUCAUCAUGACUAAAAUAAAAACACUAAUUCUAAAAAUCUUGCGAAUGUUUGUGAUGUAAAGAGAAAUAUGAAACAUAUAAUAAUGGAAAUAAAAAAACAUAAAACGAAAAAA